GCUGGCGGACCGGCACCGCUCCCCGUGCAGCCGGGGCCGAGCAGGGCCGGGUUCCGUGCACCGGAGAGGAGGGGAGCGGCCCCGGGCGCGGGACCCAAUGAGCCGGGGAGGGGAGGCGGCCCCCGGCGGCGGCUGCAAAGAGGCAGCGGGGCCACCGGCGCAUGCUCCAGGCAUGGCUGCGCCCGGGGAGACGCUGAGGAAGAGGAGGGGGGUGGAGGAAGUCCCCCGGGCCCCCCCCGAGGAGGGGGAGCGGCCCCCCCUUGCCCGGCCCCCGCUGCGCCCGGGCACCUUCUGGCUGAGCAGGAUCGUGCUGCUGCGCUGCAUAGCGCUGCUCUACUUUGUCGCUUUUUUGGUGGCUUACCAUCAAAACAAGCAGCUGAUAGGGGAGAAGGGACUGCUGCCAUGCAAACUGUACUUGCAGAACGUCAAACGGUAUUUCAAAGGGAAGAUUAACCUGGAUUCCUUGAACUAUGCCCCAACCAUCAUCUGGUUCCUGGACUGGUCUGAUAUGGACAGAAACCUGGACUACCUUGCUGGCCUUGGCUUGGGAGUUUCGGCUUACGUGUUGGUCACUGGAUGUGCAAACAUGAUCGUUAUGGCCAUUCUAUGGAUUCUCUACCUCUCGUUGGUUAAUGUUGGACAGAUCUGGUAUUCCUUUGGAUGGGAAUCUCAGCUUCUGGAAACGGGGUUCUUAGGAAUAUUCCUGUGCCCUCUCUGGACUCUCUCCCAGUUACCUAGCGACACUCCGCCUUCCCAAAUUGUCAUCUGGGGAUUUCGAUGGCUCAUUUUCAGAAUCAUGCUUGGAGCGGGGUUGAUUAAAAUCCGAGGUGAUCGCUGCUGGAGAGAGUUGACCUGUAUGGAUUAUCAUUAUGAGACUCAGCCAGUACCCAACCCACUAGCCUAUUACAUGCACCGGUCGCCAUGGUGGUUUCACCUUGAGACGUUAAGCAAUCACUUCAUCGAGCUGUGGUGCCGUUUUUUUAUCUUCAUGGGACGUCGCAUGUGCAUCAUUCACGGCAUUUUACAGAUUCUCUCCAGGUGAGGCUUUCUUGGGGUCUUAAUUAUCAGUGGGAACCUGAGCUUCCUCAACUGGUUAACCAUAGUGCCCAGCAUUGCCUGUUUUGAUGACACCUACUUGGGAUCCCUGUUCAGUUCCAAAGAGGGAUGUGUGAAGGACCAAGUGUUGAAGAUACAAGCCAAACAGGCAGCAGGACAGAGGCUUCCUUUGAGAUACGGCUGCUACGUCCGCAAAGUGGUGAACGUCUCGUUUGGAUUCCUGAUCGCCUAUCUCAGUAUACCUGUCGUUCUCAACCUGCUUAAUUCCAGACAAGUCAUGAACACCUCAUUCAACUCGCUCAGGAUAGUAAACACAUACGGCGCUUUUGGAAGCAUUACUAAGGAACGAACCGAGAUCAUCUUCCAAGGUACCUCCAGCCUGGACCCCAAUGAUCCCAUGGCGGUUUGGGAGGAGUACGAGUUUAAAUGUAAGCCUGGGGAUUUGAAGAGGAGGCCGUGCCUGAUAACACCAUACCACUAUCGUCUGGACUGGCUCAUGUGGUUUGCUGCAUUCCAAACCUAUGAACAGAAUGAAUGGAUAAUCCACUUGGCUGGAAAGCUGCUGGCCAGUGAAGAGGCAGCGUUGUCGCUGAUAGCGUACAAUCCAUUUGAGGGCAAGGCACCGCCAAGGUGGAUCAGAGGAGAGCAUUUCAAGUACAAAUUUAGCCAACCUGGAGGCAAACAUGCCAGCGAAGGGAAAUGGUGGAUUCGAAAGAGAAUUGGGCCGUACUUUCCACCUGUCAAUCUCCAGGGGCUGAAGAAGUUUUACGAAGCGAGGGACUGGCUGUACCCAAAGCAGAAUUGAUAAGAGGAGAGUAAUAAACAUUGACCAAGAA